GUCUUCUCAGACUCCAUCCAUCUCCUCAUCAUCAGAAUAAGAAGAAUGGGUUCAUCAACAACCUCGAGCAGACUGACCAACGAAGAACACCAACUAUCAGCAUCGAUCAACUACAAGUUCCCAGAUCCAACCGACCCAGAUCAAUUCAAUGCACUCCAGCAACCAACAGCAGACUCACUAAUCGAAUCAGCAAUCAGUAUGACUAAUAACACCGAACCAGAGCCUCAGAGUGAUGAAACUACAGAAUGGUCAAUCCUAUCCCUCAACCCAAAACAAGUCAUUCCAACAACCGACCAACAACAGGAGAACCAAAUCGGCCAUGAACCAACCACUACUACCCAAGCUGGUUCAUCUAAACACCCUACCCAAGCUGCUUCGCCAGAAAAAGCUACUGAACCUUCUUCACCAGAAGAAGCUACUGGACCUUCUUCACCAGAAGAAGCUACUGGACCUUCUUCAACAGAAGAAGCUACUGGACCUUCUUCAACAGAAGAAGCUACUGGACCUUCUUCAGCAAAAGAAGCUACCCAAGCCGCUUUACCAGAUCAACCCCCGAUCCCUAAAGCUGAUGAACCACACAAAUGUCAACAGUGGGUCGAAAACUUACCAGCCCAUCAAUCAGGAGCACUUCUCGCUGAAAAUUCGAUGAUGGAAAGUAUCAUUCAAACCGUCCUAACGAAUUCUGACCAAGAGAAAUCAGACCACCCUAACGAAAUACUACAUUCUAGCCAAACAACCUCAGAACUCGGCCCAAAUGACAGCGCAUCUCAAUGUGUGUACCACCGACCAGAACGAAGGAACCUCGGAGGAUUAUCGGAGCAUCCGACUGUCGAGCCCUCGAUCGAGGGCAUCGAGGGCCCUACAGAAAACUUAUUAGACCCAGCCAUGGACCUCUCAUCUGCCUAUCUAGAUCCAGAGCAACUCUCCAUGCUCUCAGUCAACUUACCUCCCAAUCCACCUCCAUCCAUAAACUCGACAGCUCCUUCAUUGGUCAUCCCUCCUCCGCGUGCCCCCUCUUCUAAGCCGGCUUCAUCCUCUACCUCUUCUCGUCAAUCAUCUGCUGUUCGAUCGACCCCGUCCUCCCAAAUAACCGAGCCCAAACGUUACCCUACCAAAACCAUCUCGCUUCUCCUACUCUCUAUAUUUGCAAUCUUAUCAUUCACAUAUUGGCAGUACUACCUUCAAAAUUUUUACAACGUCGCAAUCUUUCACGGCCCUACUCAUACCCUUUUCCAAGACGCGAACUUUGAACCUACUAGUGCAAUUGAAAAAGACUCUUCAAUUGAUCCAUUAUCCAUCGAAACCGUGCCCAUUAUCACAAACGAUCAGACUUUCGACACUGACCAAAUUCUUCAAGUUGACGCGUCCCAAGCUCACAAAUCAUCGUUAUCGUCGUCACCCCCUCAGCCUCAAAUCGCACAUGCUGCAAUUUCCUACCCAGAACAGCCAUUGAUGAUCUCCUCACCCCCGCUCGAAAAUCAUUCAGAGAAUCUCGUCGAUCCGCCGGUGUUGACGCGUCCGGAUGAGAUCAUCGAUCCAAUGUCUAUUCCGGCUCCAGCUUCGAAUCAGCCACCAGUCUUGGUCCAUGAUACCCCAGAGAAUCAAUCUCCAAAUAGCUAUGAAGUACCAGAUUCAAACUUGGAUCGAUGGAUCCUAGGUUUGGCGAUCAUCAGUAUCACCUCCUUGCUCAUUCGACGCGUGAAAUGUUUCAGAGGAGAAUCGACGGAAGAAUGGAGUGUAGACCAAUUGAUAGCUGGAUUAGAGACGCAGGAUUGUGCUAUUUCGAUCAAACAAUUACAGCACAGUUUAGCCAAGCUAUCCAAGGAUGGAGCGGAACUGGCACGAUUCACGAAGGUCCUCAAGACUCGAGUACGAGCGCAAAAGUCUCCACAAGUCGAGAUGGGACUCUUAGCGUGGGCCCAAGCUGCGAAUGGAGAGCUUGAGGGAUCACAAACGAUGUGGAUAAAGUUUUGGGAACUUGCAGCUCUUCAGCACAAAAAAUCCUCUCAAUCUGGUUGGCUAGACUUGCUCGAAAUCCUGGGACAGGAUUAUCGAGGUCUGUCUCGAAAGCAAGAAGACAAUGACUGCGGAUCGACCCUCGACUCUUCCUCAACAUUGACCGAGAAACCGACCCUUGAUUUUACCCUCAAGUCCGACCCUCAACUCGACGAUCCUUCUGUCACUAAUCAGUCCGUUGUCGACAGAAAAGCUUUUGUCAAACUUGAACACCCCUCAGUCUCCUCUAUUCUCCUCAAAAAUGACCAUGGCGAGGAGAAGGUUUCCCCAGAUCAGAUCAAUAAUGGAACCCGGACUCGCAGCACUUCUAAACGUAAAUCUAGUCUUGGACCAAACACGCGACCCAAAAAACAACUCGUUAUCAAAGAAGAAGAACAAGAACCUGUUGUGCUGGAUUCAGAAGUAUUGCCUAAGAAGACGCCUAAGGCUCGACAGUCUAAGAAGAAGGUUCAAGAGGAUGGUUAUGACGAUCUUUCAUCUGAUCUCACUGUUCUUUCUCCUGUUGCUGCUUCCUCUGCUGCUCCUGCUCCUGAUGCUGGUGCUACCGCUCCGGUUGUCCACCCUAAAAGUACACCUAAACCUAAGAAGACCAAUUCUACCCGUGCUGCUCGGAAAUCAGAACCUAUCAGUAAACAAGCCGUACCAUCUUCUUCUACUUCCCGGGCUUCUCUGGCUCCUGCUUCUCAUCCAGUGAGAUCUAGUCCCCGUUUAUCUAACAAAAAAAUCAUAGGACCUUUUCCUUUCUUUUUUCCAUAGUCUUUCUUUCUCUCUCUCUCUUUCUCUUUCUUUCUUUCUCUUGAUUGUCUCUUCAAAUCCAGCUUUUUUUCUUUGUUCUUUGUUUUUGAUCAACUUAUGGUGCUUGGUCUCUUUCUUCUCCUUUCUUGUUGUUGCUGUUGUUGUUUUAGAUGUAUCUUUGUGUGUUUUUUUGUUCUGUUCAGUUUUAGCUUUUUUGAGUAUCUAUGUAAAAGUUAUGUGUCUUGUUCUUCUUUCAAAGAAUAACUUGGGAAGGAGUUUUUAAGUAAAUAUGUUCUUGAUUAAUCAAUUUCUACAUAAAGGGUGUUCAAAAUUGAUCUCUGAAAUACUUCCUG